AUGGAGGGCCUCAGGCCUCAUGAGCGGCCUUUGCUGCAGAUAGCUCCGAUGAUGGAGGUCACAUACCGUGACUUCCGAUACUUCAUUCGCUUGCUCACUCGCCGGACGCAACUGUGGACUGAGAUGGUCGUGGAUGAUACGGUUCUGCACAACCUUGAGCCAGCAAAAUGCGAUCGCUUCCUAGGCUUCCACGAAGUGGAGCACCCUAUUGUGUGCCAACUAGGGGGAAGCGAUCCGAGCAAACUGGCUGCUGCUGCAGAAGUGGCACAGAGAUAUGGCUACGAUGAGGUGAACCUCAAUGUGGGUUGCCCAUCCUGCAGGGUCGCGAACAAAGGAGAGUUCGGCUGCUCCUUGAUGAAGCGCAAAGAAGUUGUGCGUGACGCCAUCCACGCAAUGAGCCGUUCUGUGCAAAUUCCAGUGACGGUGAAGUGCCGCUUGGGAGUUGAUGAUUUUGACAGUCAAGAGUUCACUCGGGACUUUGUGCGCACUGUCGCGCAAGGUGGGUGCAAGCACUUCAUUAUCCAUGCUCGAAAGGCGUGGCUGAAUGGGUUGUCACCGGCGCAGAACCGCACAAUCCCUCCGUUGCACUACCCUCGCAUCUUGGAUUUGUGCAAAGAGUUUCCGGACCUCAACUUCAGCAUCAAUGGUGGAAUAGCAGAUGUUGGACAUGCGCGAGCACUACUUGGAUUCCCCAAUCAACGCAUGGAAGGGGAGACGGAUGACUUGUACGCAGCUGCUUGGGACUGGGAGACUUCGCAAGGCUCCUGCCCGGUGCCUUCCAACCUACUCGGUGUCAUGAUUGGCCGAGGCGCAAUGAACACACCUUGCAUGCUGUGGGAUGUGGACCGCACGAUUUACGGCGGCGAAAAGCCCGAACCGGUGACGCGGCGCCAGCUACUCGAAAAGUACCGGCUGUACCUGGAGGAAACUCAUGAAGAUGGUGGCUCAGUUGGCUCAGCACACCUGGCAUUGAAGCCAACCUUAGGGAUGUUUGCCGGCCUUCGAGGAAACAAGGCCUUCCGAAACACUGCAGAUGCCGUCAUGCGAAAGAAGGAGGGAGGACCUGCACAUGUUUUGGAGCAGGCUAUGAAGGCCGUUGACGAGGCAAAUCCCGGAAUCUUGGAUGAGCCUUUGCAAGGCACUGCUCCGUUUAAGCCACAGGUUAAAAAUGAGACCCCUAGGGGUCAGAAGAGAAAGCCUGGGGGCAACGUGACAGACGUCUCUUGCGCUUCUGAGACUACACAGCUGCCAGAUGCAUCUCCGCUGGUGACAGCUUAA